AUGGAUGACAAUGAAAACUAUAUUGAGUACUCCAAAAUGAACUUUUCGCAAUUCACUUCCCCAUUUUCUGCUGGGCCACUGGCAGCGGCGAAUCAGUUUGCGGCAAAGUUCCCACAGAACCUAUCGACGACGGCCGGCAAUGGACAGGUCCUCGGAUUACUUUCUGGUGGCGAAGGCGGCGUACCAAUGCUACGCCAAGUCGACGGAGCUGCCGUGAGCGCGGCAUCAGCCGUCUUCGGUCACCACCAAUCGCAACAAGGGCAGACCGUAACGGCGGGUGGCAUGCAGCACGGGCAAAUGUCCACGCCAGCCUACAUUACGCUACCCAUCACGAUGCCCGGUGCCAAGCCGGGUGACGCGCAGCAAACCGUACAGAUUCAGGUGCUCAACCCAAACCCAUUGCCGAGCCAGGUGACGACGACAACGUCCGGAUCGGCGGCCCCGGGUACACCGAAAUUUCAAAUGGGCCAGAUGCAAAUACCCAUCCAAGGCUUCCAGCAGGGCACAACGGUACUGACGGUGGCGUACAGUCCCCAGGACGAGGAAGUUAUCCACAACCACGGUCUCCCGGAGGGCAUGACCAUUGUGGCCGCACUCCAGCCACAGGAUCUGCAGCUACUUGCUUCGCAGAACGCCAGCACCGCAGCGAUCCUUCAGCAGCAGCAGCAGCAACAUCAAGCGCAAUCCGGCCUAUCCGCCGGGAACACAGGAACAACCAAGGUGGACAGUGAAAACCCACCACCGUUACGACAAAUCAAGCAAGAAUCGAGUGGCCCACUGUGGAAUCAGUCCGCCCUGCUUCCGUCGUCGCUGUUGUCCGGCGAGCUGACGGAACUGUUGCAGCAACAGCAGCAACAAUCGCGCACCCAUAACCUCAACCUGCAGCCAUACUUGAAGUUCAACCACAACAACAACUUGAACGGAAACCACCCGCACCUGGUGCUACCGUCCGGCCUCACGAUAGGUGGUGGCGGAGUGGGCGGCACGGUCAUAAAGCAGGAAAUAACGGACGAUCAUUCCAACGAAAACACCCAGUACGGUGUGGCGGACAGCAGUAGCGGUGGCGGGCUGAAGGAGAACGGCAGCUCACCGGGUGCGACUGGCCACCGGGAGAACGACGGAACGGAAGGCGCUACGGCGGCGGGCACCGGCAACGGAACGGCGGGCACGGGCAAGGCGCGCAAGAAACGGAAGUACAAAACGAAACCACCGAAACCGAAGCGACAGAAGCCGGGACAAGUGCACAUUACGACUGCGCUCGACGGGACGGUCCUGUUUUGUUGCCCCGAGUGCCACAUGGCGUACCCGGAGAAGGAGUGCCUGGAGCAGCACCUGGUAGUGCACAAGAUCGAGCGGCGGUUCAUAUGUGAUAUCUGCGGUGCGGGCCUGAAACGAAAGGAGCACCUGGAGCGGCACAAGCUCGGCCACAACCCGGAGCGCCCGUACAUCUGCAGCGUGUGCAUGAAGGGCUUCAAACGGAAGGAGCACCUCAAUCUGCACUUUGUCAUCCACAGUGGCGUGAAGACGGAGAUAUGCAACGAUUGCGGGAAAGGCUUCUAUCGCAAAGAUCAUCUUCGGAAGCACAUAAAAUCUCACCUGACGAGGCGGCUGAAGGAGGAAAAGGCAUCCAGUCGUAACAACAACAACAACAAUAGCAACAGCAACAACCGUAACACCAGCAACGGCGGAACGAUCACCUCGCUCAGUAGUGCCGGUACGACGAACGCCAUCAUCAGCCUGCCGUCGGGAAUUCCUCCCGGGCUGACGAUCACAACGAGCAGUUCAAACCUGCUGACCGGUGGACAGCAACCACCAUCGAUCGUAAGCACGGCGUCCGCGGCACACAAUCUGCUACAGAGUGCAAUCAGUUUACCGCAAGGUGUGACGAUACACGUACCGACGGCCGAUAACCAAACGCUGCCGGUGCAAAUCACUCUGCCCCAUUUGGUGGCGCAGCAGCACACCGAGCCUGAUGGCAGUACAAGCACGGUCCUGGUGCCCACCACCAGCACGCCCAGCUCCUCCCAGUCGGACGGCGGCCUACACCAGCUGCAUCAUCAUUCGGUGCACUCGUCGAGUGCUGCCACCACCACGUCCACUUCGCUCAGCUCGUCGUCGGCGGCAUCCUUAUAA